AUGAGUAACUUUAUCGCGGAAGACGACUUUGAUAGCAAAUUAUUGGAGCGUAGUAAACUUAUCGUGCCGUCUGUAUCGAUAGGAAAUGUUCCUCAGCUAACAGUUGACCUGUUAUUAACAACGCUCGAUGUUAAGCGGGUCGGUUUUAUAGAUGAUGAUAAUGUAAUACCCGUGGCUGGUAAACGCGAAGACACGCAAGCUGUUGGUAUCACUGUCGCCAUCGAAGGCAAGUUCCCGCAAAUAUCUGAAAUAUUUCAAUCAAAAGAUCAAAAGUGGACUUUGAUCCAACAGCGUGCUCCAUUGAUUCAGAAACACUUGCUUCGAUUUGCAACGAAUUUGGUUUCCUUUAUUGAGAGAUUUAAAUUUUCAGAAGUAAUAACAUUGGCAAGCGCAGACGCAACUCGACGAAAUGAUGCUCAAUUAACAGGCACACCACUUCGUGUCCUUACCACUUCAUCGAUCUCAAAUGAUCUCCAAAAAAGAAUCACAUCACUAAAACUAAAACAACUCGAGUAUCUCAAAUCUGAAGAUUUUAUAGAAUCACAUGAUGUCGGUUCUACCAACACAGAUGCUGAUGAUGUGCCUCGAAUUCCUGGCGGAGGCGUUACAAGAAAUUUCUAUAAAUUGGCCAAAGAAAAAGGUCUGCCGCUACUUGUGCUCAUUUGGUUUGCGCUCGAAGGAGAUAACACCCUAGAUGCUAUUCAACUCGCCAAUCACGCGAACUCUUUAUUAGGAUUGUUUCCUUCUCAAGAUUCCGUCGCUUGGAAAACACCUAAAAGCUGGCAAGGAAUUUUUGGCAAACCCUUUGAUAGAGAUUUAUAUUAA